AUGCUCAAAAUUUACCUCCUAGUUUCUUGCAUCUGCGUGCUCAUAGUCGCAGUCUUCUAUACUUUCUACUGGAACCGCAUUAUUUCUGGAUUUAUUAGUCUUCUCCUCCGAAUCAAGUACUGGCGACAAGGAGGUUCCAGUAUAUGGGUACAUAUCGGAUCCAUACACCUCUCAAUCCUUGCGGGACGCAUACUGCUUAAAGAUGUCAAAUAUCAUUCCAGCAAUAUGACCAUCAAAAUUGUGACAGCUCAAAUAUCUUGGAGAUAUUGGUUGCGCGUCCCAGCCACUGAGGAUGAUCUGAAUCACGCUCAUGUUGGUGGAGAAGAAUUCAACCAUACGUCACCGUUCCCUUCCUGCCGGAUUAAAGUCUCUGUUCAAGGAUUUGAGUGGCUCCUAUACAACAAGACUGCAGCAUAUGAUCAUAUCAUUUCCCAAAUGCAGGCCAAGGCAUCCAGAAGUCCGGAGGUCUCGGAACCUCGCAGAAUGUUUUCUCGUACUUCAGGAGCUGAAGGGCUGGGUUUCUACCCACCUCCUGCACUGGCAAAUGUCAAAGCCCUUCCCGUCAUUCAUGCUGCACUUGCGUGGAUUAAACGUCAGACGCCUUACCUGGAUCCGAAUGACAUUUUACCGAUUGCACUCGAAAUGUCCAAGGUUGCCAUGACUUGCGGUAAUCCUUCGACACCAAGUCUGCUGGUCGCAGAGUGUCAUAGAGUUGAAGGCACGUUUGGGAUUGUCCAGGCGAGGUCGAAGUGCGACCUCUAUAAACAACUUUUGAAUCUGAAAUUCCAGAAAGUGCUUGUACAACUUGUUGAGAAUGACAACUACCAGGGUAGCAUGCCCAUGAUAGGGCAUCAUAUUCGCGAGAAUGCAGAAUCAUCGAGUCGGUUCCUAGAAUUAAUUCCUUUGGGUUAUCUUCCAUUCCGGGCAUUCUCUAGGGUUUGGAAAGGACUGAAGUUAUAUACGUCUGGCCAUGGCUCGUCCGUUCACGACCGCCGCGCAGCUGAGAAGAGUCCUGGACCUAUGCCAAGCAGAAAAUCAGCCAAGAGCAUUGAUGAGGAAACACCCGUUGGCGCUGACUUUACUGCUCUAGAGUAUGUUGUUGAACGGCGGAUUAUCGAAGCCCCCAUUCUGGAGCUAUCAUAUUACACAGACGUCGUCGGCGAUGUGCCUGUUGCGCAGGAUGGUCCAAGGGGUAUGGGAUUGGAAUCCUACGACAUCGGCAAUGGUGACCUGCCUCCUGAGUGGGGUGUAGAUCUGGUAAUAAGAAAAGGAACCAUUCGCUAUGGACCAUGGGCUGAUCGUCAACGUGUUCAUCUGCAACGGACAUUUUUCCCAUCAACGUAUCACGACUUGGAGGUGUCAAAACACCUUAAGCCAGGAGAUAAACGUACUUGGACUGCAAUGAAAGUGUUUAUCGAACUUCGUGAUAAGACAGUACUGUAUGUUCCUUUCCGAGAGCCUUCAAAGAACUGGCAAUGGGACGGUGUCAACGACUAUCCGCGUCCAAGGAAACGCGACCACGCAGCUCUUCAUUGCACGGCAGGCGACAGUUCCUCAAUUAGCUACCUUCUGCCUAUGGUUACAGGACCCGACGGAUAUGAACCUCGUUUGGAGGUUCAUCUUGAUACAGUUUCUGUAACGUCAAGCCUCAACGAUAUCAAGCUCAUUGCGGCCGAGUCAUGUCGCGUUCAUGCGUCAUUUCCAUCACCCCUUGUAUGGAAUGCCGAGCGUCAUUGGCCAUUCUCCAUAUCUCUUCGUCAACCGGUUAUAUAUCUCUUGCGAGACCACGUCAAUAUGUUCACUGAUUUGACGCGGGACUGGACCUUUGGGCCGCCUACCGAAUGGAAUCUUUUUGUGCCGACUAUCUAUAUGCUCGAGCUUGAUCUGCACCACUUUGAGCUGAAUCUAUAUGCCAACGACCAGAACAUCAUUGAUAAGCCUCUAGUUAAGGGGGAGAACACGUUGGUGACGAUCCGUGCACCGCGUUUCAACAUUCAAGUUAGCUUCCCGUCAAAUAAAUAUCGACCCGAGGCGACGUCUAUUCCAUUCGCUGUCGAUGUUCCAGAUGUAAACGUUUUUCUCUCUUUGCCGAGGUGGAAUACACAGUGUCUCUACAACUCAGGGAAAGAACAUCGUAUAAUCCACGCAGCAACCUUUCGCAUCACGGCAUCGUAUUACUUCUGGGCUGAUGUUCAAGCUGACAACAUUGAUCAGUUAAAACUCACUGUCGAGACUGGUAAGGUCGCCUAUAAGGCCCUCGGAUGGUCUGUCAGGUACUUGAUGGUACUUCGGGACAAUUAUUUUGGAUCUUUCACCCACUUCUCUACGCUUGUGGAGUAUCUUGAAAAACGGAACAGAUUUAAUUUGGUUGGAGAUCCACUGGAGAUGAAGCAUCGGCCAGGCAAAUCAAACUCCCUACAGGUUCAGGUAUCGAUACAAUUGCAGUCCGGGAUAAUGCUUUUACCUGCGGGUUUACCUGGCUACGAAGUACGUGUUGUAAGCGACAGAUCAUGCGAUGAUAUUGGCGCAUCUACAGUCAUGGCGUGUUCAGUGCUUCAACUGGACUUACGACUGCAUGACUAUUUCAUGGAUGUGUCCCUGAAUCUGAAUGCAAUCAAAGGUUCUAUCCUUGGCGCUUGUUCCGAGCAUGCUUUCUUUGCCCAGGGACAUCAACGUUACAAAGACUCAUUCCUAAUUGAUGGUCUGAAUAUCACCGCUAACAGACUUUUCGGGCCACAGCCGCGUACUCGUACAUAUGUAUGUGUUUGGGAAAUUGCAGUCGGACCAGUGAAGGCUCUAUUAACAUCUCAUGAUGCUCGAAUCAUGUUGGCAUCUAUGGAUGCGGUCCGUCUUAAUUACACGGACCUUGCCAACGCUCCCGCGACCGAGUUCGGAGUACCUGUAGAUCCGGAUGUCACUUUCAUCAGAUUCUCAGCUGCCCAUGUCGACGUCACUUGGUCUGCUGGUGCAACAGCCGUAAACCUGUCAAUUCCUUCGGGCUUCAGUGUGCAUACCAACGAUCUGGAAGGCCAAUUUUGCGGCAAGCUCACAAGCAUCAGACUUCCCCUCGCGUUACUGAAGAUUCUGCUGUCAUCGAGGGAUUCGAAGACAACCUGGUGUGAGGCGGCUGACCUGUCUACAGACAUCAACUUGGAUAUGUACAGAUCCCCAAAGAUCCGCAAUCCAUCACAGAUGGAUUUCAUGAAGGGACAAGAUGAGCUGACACGUCGGGCACAACAUCUACUUGAUGAAGUAGAGAGGGUUCGGAAAGUCUCUUUUCCCGAUAACCGACAGGCGCUGCAGCGCACGCGUUCUAGUCACCAUCGCAAUGGACUCUAUCUUCCUCCUCCACGCCUCCCACAUUUCUGCAGAGCCAAACCACACCCUCCAGCACCGCCCACAAGCGCUGCACACUCCAAGGGCACGGCUGCUUGGUGGCCUCGGCUUUCCUAUCUCUCAGAAUCCGACGGAGAGGAGAAUAUAUCCGAGGCAGAUCGUGAUGCACGUCUGGCGAGAAGUCGACUUGCGCCACCGACCGCCGUCGAUGACGACAUCUCUGUGUCAGGGGAGGAGUCAGAUGACGAGGACCUAACAGAUACCGAAUCCUCAGUGAGCGGCUGGUCCUCGACUAGAUCCGCAACUCAAAGGCACUCGCUGAUCCAGCGCUACCGUCGUGUCACUAGAUGGUACCAGAGUAUCAACUUGGACGACAUCAACAGCUGGGAGGACUCGCCCUUCGUUAUAACUAAGGAACCCAGAAUUACAACUCCAACGGACAAGCCUUCACCCAGAAUACGACCGAUGGCACGAGCCAAUGAAACAACAAGCUCUGUCCACUCUACAACUUUUCGCAUACAGUGCAAAAGGGAGAUCGCGGUUCGAUUAACCCCCUUGGCUCUCAUGGGAAUCCGAGAUAUGAUUGAAGACCUGCAGUCGCAACGGCUCAGUCCAGAAUUGACAUUGGACUCAGUGAUGUCGAGCCAUAUGGCAAAGCUCGGUGACUCACCAGGUUCCCCCCUCUUGACGGCCUUCGAUAUUACCAUAGGAUCAGCACGUCUUCAGGUACUAGAACACAUAUCCUGCCCAACUUCCUCCAAGGAAGCAUCAGCUCAAAGAGACUCCAUGGUUACAGUCAACUGCCUGGCUUCCGGAUGCCACCUCGCCAUGUCCCAAGGGACUCAGAAAUUGGCUUGCCAUCUAGAAAUAUCCGAAACGUCUGUAGGAGUAAUGGAUAACUCCGGAGUUGCUCUGGGUUCCAUUUUUUUGCCUGGAAGUAGCCCAAUAUUAUCACUUCGUCGCCUCCAACUAGAUGCCACGCAGGGUCAUGCUAGCAUGUCUGUUGGCCGCUUUGCAUUGGAACUUCAGCCUACUAGCCUCGAGUACGCUGUCGCCACGUUUCAGAUGCUGGAACAGGAUUUGCGAGACCUCUUGCUCGACCCCUCUGUGCAGUUUGACUCAACUACUCGUUUUGCUGAGAUUGUCUACUAUACUCUGGAUCUCACUCAGAAUAGGGCAGCUGUCGAUCCACUUUCGAUUAUCCAACCUUCUUUCCUCGUCCAACGGGGUCACCCUCAAGCUCUCCGGACACAUCCUACCUAUAAGUUUCUAUUCCAUCUACGAACCGCACUCCAGUUUGCCCGCCUUCAGGGAGAUAUUGGCACAAAUAGCACGGGCCAAUCCAUUGCAGUACAUGAUGUGAAGGCUUUGGUAAAUUCGUGUCUCGCAGAACUCAUGCUGGACCUGGACUCCUCCAAGGAAGGUAUACCUAGUCCGUUGGAAAUGAUUUAUCCUCCUACCUCUCCGAAGUCCAUGAACGGCGCGCGACUUAUCAUUGACUCCUUCAACUUCACUGCCGACCUUGUUAGCAUCAUCAUCGCAGAUGAGUUGCCAGCAUCUACCAGUCGUCUGGACAUCAGCUCUUGUGCUCUACGUUUUCGCUCUUCAAAGCUGGUCCCUUUGGAAGGAGUCCAAUUACAGUCACAGAACCCUUCCCUGGUAAACCAUGAUAUUGCUGCCAUCCCGCAGACUGCAUGCACUCUCGCUGUCAGCGACGUUAAUGUCACUGUUUCCCCUCACCUGAUGGUCUUCGCACAAUCUGUACUUCGCCUACGGAGGGUAUCAAGUAAAUGGAAGCCAGUCUCCGGCCAAGCACUUUCAAACUCUGGGCCGUCUCACCUCAUUUUCACGGUCGCCCUUCGCCGCGCUAACAUUCGUGCUGCAGCUGAAAAACUUGCAUUCGAGAUCGGGGCCACGAAUACGGAUAUUUUUUUCACAUCACUCAAACGAGUCGAUCCGUUGAUGUACAAUGAGGUCCACUCUGUCGGUUACACUGCUAGCUUCAGCAACGCUUUCAUACGCGCGAGGGCUACCGGCAUUGUCCCAGGAAUUUGGGUCCGGGAUCAGGAUGUUCUUGCUUCCUUGACCUUUUCCUCUGGCAAGCUCAACCUGCUUUGGCGCCAGGAGUCAUCAACGAAUACUAUCCGUCUCGCAUUCCUCUUACACAGUACUGCUAUUUCCGUGCCUCGUAGCGCCCUUCGUCUUUACCGUUUCAUGGAAGAGUGGCAAGCGGACUUCUUUCCAGGCAUUGAAGCCGCCACACGAGCCUUUCUAGCAGAGUUGAAGGAAGGAACGGGAAAUGAUGCACAAAUAGCACCGACUCGCCCUCGUGCUGCCAAGAGGAACGCACUAGUGGCCCAUGUUACGGGGCGUAUCUCGGAACUUGGCGUGUUCCUUCAGGUCAUGCGAGGAACGUGGUUAUCAUGGAACAUACACGAUUUGACUAUAUUCCUUUCCUCGCCAAGUGGACCAGGACAUAAGCAGUCCACGUCCUUUGGCAUCCAAUUUGGCUCGCAGACGUUGGGCGUCUCAUACAAACAACAGUCCACUGAAGAUUAUACGGAUACGCCGCACAUCAAAGUCAAGCUCCCUUCGCUCUCGUUAACAGGACGCCAAGGCCGUGCUUUUGUCAAAAUUCUUGCUUCUGUGGACUUCUUUGACGUUUUAAUCAAGCCCUCGCAUUGGGAUACACUUCUCGUCGUCCAACAGAAGUUUGGCCAAGAUUUUGCUGACUUGAUGGACCUGAUACACCAAACUCGCCAACGAAGGUCUAAUCCGUCUGAAUCAACGUCAAAUGCAUCGCGAUCCUCUUUAUCAUUCAGUGGACAUGUCGACGUGAAGGGAUUUCGACUUGGGCUUGAAGGUCGUUCCUCCACCUCCUAUCUAGAAUGCGAAGAUGUUGGUGGAGACAUAUCCAGCAGCGAUUUAGGUAUUGCAUGGCGAAUCAGGCUGCGUGACUUGGCAUUGUCGCUUGCGCCUAGAGCAGGCAUUGUGUCACGAGAAACCACCUUCAAUCGAAAUCAUCGAUCUGCGUUUCUCAUCGUAGAUCUUCGUGCUAGGGGAGAUGUCCACAGAUUGGAAUUCCGCAUCCCAAAGAUCCAUGCUGUGAUGCAACCUAGUUCUAUAGGAGAGAUUGGUGAUUUCUUAGACCAUCAACAAGCCGAAUUGCUUAUUCGGAGGGAUCAGCGGGCUGCGGAGUUAGCAGCGUUCAAGGAAAAGACCCGCAGUAUUUUGAAAACGUUCGAUAUGAGAACGAACGAGGCCACUCGCGACCAAAAGCCCCCUUGGUUUAGCGAACAUACCCUAGAUGUAGUCAUUCAGAAGAUUGGAGUGGCCUUCCCCCUCAGUCUUGAACAAACGUUGGAGCUUCCCGGGACGAAUUCCCGUAACGGUCCUUCAGUCAGGGCUUUCCUGUUCACUGUUCGACGCAUCAAGUUUAGCGCUCAGAGAGGAGAAGCGGGCGAGAUGUCAACUAAAGACUUAUCCUUCCUAUUCGUGCCCAGUUUCAGGCAAUGUUCGUCCGAAGACUUCGCAGCAGACAAGCAUAGAAGCCGAAAUCGACUGGUGUACCCCUACAUGACUGCGCGGCUACGAUCCGAUACUUCUUUGCUCAGUCGUCAUAUCUGGUUUUUUGGAAACGUCAGUGGGUUCAUUCUGGACUUGGACUCAAACAUCCCUGAUUACAUAUUCUCGCUCAUUGAUGUGUACCGUCAAGGACGAGAACGAAUGAUCCGCAUCGCUGCAAGCCUCCCCCGGGCUACUACAUCGAAUGCUGACCUUGGGAGGGACGAUGUCUCACCGCGAGGCGGACAGCAAGAUGUUCCGGCGUCGAGUAUAUUUGCAAAUAUGGUCUUCCAGAGCGGAGAAGUGCACGUUCAUAGCGAUGCAAAAAGUACACAGGCCUCGCCUCCGGGUACUCACCAAUUGUUGGAUGGACAGCUGCAUCCAGAGCAGGAGACACUGAGGCUUCCUAUAGUCUCUGCUUUGGUUGAAUAUCGUGCUUCAGGUAUACGAGCCGGUCCAGCAGCCCUGAUAUUCAAAACCACUAUUCAUUCCAGCCAAAACACUUUGAGACCGAGUCUUCUGCCUUUCAUGACCGAGAUCAUCGAUUACGUGCAGAUGCGCUUGCGCAAGACUAGCCGAGGAAAUACGCUACUCAUUGCGCCAUCUCCUACAGAAGACGAACCACCCCCGUUGCUGACCUCGAGCCGCCUGGACAAUUUAUCCGAGGCAUCAUCGAGUUUGCAAAUCACCUUCAGUCUCCGCAUAGACAAGUCGACACUCGAAUUAACUUGUCAGCCGGAUGUCAAUGUAGCAGCUGCUUUACGCUGGGAAAGUGGCGGUUUCCUUAUGAACAUCUCGCCGGGUGCUCACAAAGUGACAUUGACGGGCACUGUGGGUGGUCUCACAAUUGGCCUUAAGCACGGGUUUUUGAGCGACGACUGCGUCAAUAUUGCAGCUCGCAAUCUCGCAUUUUUCCUUGCUUUUUCCAAGAACGAGGACCAUUCUGGAAAUAUUGACAGCAUGAUUUCCUUGGUGGUGGAUACAGAUAUUACUGGUGGUGUGCGUUUCUCCCGCCUGCAAGACGUUUUGUGUUUCAAGGCGGUUUGGCUCGAUCGUAUCCCUUUGUUCGUCGCAGAGCAUGCAAACUCUGAUAGAUCACGUCCGCCGACAGCCUCUUCCUCCUCGGUCACCACUCCUGUUGUGAAACAAGAGGUCACUACUGCGCUCAUAAUUCGCAUUCGCCAAAUCCGCUUGGAGGUAGAUUUAGGACAGUCCAUUAGCAGUGUGACUCUGAAUCUCCAGAGUACAAUUACGCGAAUGCGUUUAUCUGAAAUGUUAACUGAGGUGUCGCUCUCAGUAGCAAACGUCUCCAUCUUUGCUAGGGGAAACGUCGCGGGUCACAUAAAUGUACCGGACUGUGUCUUUCAGACGAUCCGCAGGAACGAAGGCGCCUUGUCCGAUGAUUCACGCACAGUUAGGAUGCUCGAGCUCAGCAUGACUAGUGGUCCUUUAAGUGCCGAGCUCGAGUCAGAUCAUCAACGGCUGUUGAUUUACAGGGCUGAUCCCGUGCAAGUGGAUAUCCACGAUGAUUGGUCACUUGUUUCCUCCGCAGACAGAGGACAAGACCGGCCUUUGCUGCUUACAUUCACGGUCAAUGGCGAGGAAAUCAUUGCUCUUGCUACCAUCGCAACUAUACCAAAGUUGUUGAUGUAUACCAACAAAUUCCAGGCCAAUAUUGCCGCGCAGCGUGAGGGUGCAAGUCAUGAAUCAGCCGCAUUCCGUGCUACGCAAUCGCCCAAGCCUGACAAUCCACUCACCGAAGUCGCUUCGGCAUUCUUUUAUUCUGCUCGUAACCGGUUCAAGGAAGCAGACACGGAGCUGUCCCACAGAAUUCGCCAGCAGUUGAGCUUCCGCUUACAGACUCUUCGGCUUGUCCUCUUCCCUCGUACCAUGGGGGACACCGAGCUCGCGCAGUUCAUUGGACGUGAUGUUCAUGCGAGCCUGGAGCGUGUGGUGAUAGGCGAAAGCCCACCUCACAGGGAGAUCCGUUUAUCCUUCACGGCCUUGACUAUUUCCAAGUUCAGCCAGCCUCAGCCACUUCUCCCGUCAACUAUAGUAGUGUCUGACGACAAAGCUUGGGUGGAUCAAUUGUUCAAGCAUCCAACAGAAGCAAACAUCGUUGGUCUGCCCACGAUGAACAUGCUAAUGCUCACCGACGAGGUGGUCGAAGAACCCGCCAAGUACAUCGACUACAAGUUCUAUAGCUCAUUCGUGCGAGGCAAGGGCACCAAGGAGCACGAGGACAUCUACAUCUCGCUCAACGUAGCACUAUAUUCAUGGCUCACUGGUCUUCGCAAGAAUUUGACCAGGGAACUGGAACAAGUUCAGGGACCCCAAGACUCACGCAAUGCGACAGCAGGUCCAUCAUCUCGCAAAAGAACAGGGGCUACAGAACCAGCUCCGGGCAUGGACGUUGCUCAGAUGGAUGCAUCAAGUCCAAAUAGCUCCACAUCUAGCCCAUUAUUGCCCGAAAAAGCCCCGUCACUGGGUCUCAGAUCAACUGUCGCAGUUUCGCCUCAGCUGCCCUCAGAACUCUUCGUACACCCGCCACUGCCAACUUCCCAAGCCCGUUCCUUACCAGAUCUACUCGAUCCUUCUGUACAGCUUCCACCCCCUGUCGCCACGAAAACUUCACCCGUUGUGUACAGGGCUCGUGAUCGCGUGAUAGAGCGACUGACCAUGCGACAACUUGGCGAAGCGACUCCGGAUGUUAUGCACCCAUUCUUCAUGAAGACAGCUGGUUUCAACCUUGAGGAUUCUCUUCCGCAAUACGUUCAUGAAUAUGCCACGAUUCCUCUGGAGGAAAUCAUGGAGGCCCUGCUAAAGUUAUAUUCAAAACAACUAAAAACCGAUAAAGGGAUAGGUCAAGAUUAAAACAGGUUAUGAUGGUGACGAUUAUACUAUACAUAGUAGUUAGGACAUAAUGUAGAUAAACUACAAACCGUACUUUAAGACCAGCUCUUAGUUCUCUCAUUUACUUAUAAUGGGCAUCUC